AAUGUGCAAACCUGUGAAUGUAGGCAAGAACACACUUACUCCAUACACAGUACAUCGCCCACGUGUUUUUGUGCUUCUUUGAAAAACUGGAUUUGAGUAAGUUUAGAAUUGCACUUUGAAUUCGGCAUGUUGCACUGAACCACGCCCCCACCUUGUGUAGGCCUACGCAUGAUAGGCUCGUGAACAGCACGAAUUUGAUCCUGUCUCUCAACAGUUGACCUCACGUUUCGCCAGGAUUAGAGUACAAAGAUCAUGCAUUGACGAGGGAAUGUCAGUAAUACGAGAGAGUAGAACCAUCAACUGAUCAAGAUGGCAUUGAAGCUAGCCCCCCUCAACAUCCCACUGCAUCGUCGUUUGGAAACCUUAGCUGUCAUCCAGUGGUGGUUCUCAUUCCUCUUUCUCGGUUUGACCUCAUCUCUUAUUUUUGGUUACCUCUUCUUCUUCACGUCAUACUACUGGGUCACUCUCUUAGCAAUCUGCUGGAUUAUUUACGAUCGUAAGACCCCUAGACGUGGUGGUCGCCGUAGUGACUGGCUACGUAGAUGGAGGAUGUGGGUUUAUAUGAAGAACUUUUUCCCUAUCGAGCUCAUCAAGAUGGGAGAACUUGAUCCAAGUAAGAACUAUCUGCUGGGGUUUCACCCUCAUGGUAUCAUGGGCCUUGGGGCUUUUGUGAAUUUCUGCACAGAAGCUACAGGUUUCAGCGAGACUUUUCCAAGUAUUACUCCCUAUCUUCUGACGUUAACCGGCUGGUUCAAUUUCCCACUGACAAGAGAUUACUUGAUGAUGUCAGUUUGCCCAUUUACUUCUUUAGGCCUUUGUGAAGUCAGCAAAGAAAGCAUAGAUUACAUUCUUGGCAAGUCUGGAACUGGUAAUGCUGUUGUCAUUAUUGUGGGUGGGGCAACAGAAUCUCUGGAGGCACAUCCACAUAACCAUGUUGUCUUCUUAGCCAAAAGAAAGGGAUUUAUCAAAAAGGCAGUGGAACAUGGGGCAUGUCUGGUUCCCGUCUACUCCUUUGGAGAGACAGACAUCUUUGAGCAAGUUGCCAAUCCAGAAGGAUCACUCCUAAGAAAGAUUCAGACUCGUCUGACCAAGACAAUUGGAUUUGCUCCCCCAGUGUUUCAUGGUCGAGGCAUCUUUAAUUACAGCAUUGGACUUCUUCCCUUCCGGAGGCCUAUACACACUGUUGUUGGGAAGCCAAUUGCUGUGGAAAAAUCACCAGUCCCAACACAAGAAGAGAUUGACCAAGUUCAUCAGAAGUACAUCGAUGCACUGAGAGAACUAUUUGAAGAAAACAAAACCAAAUAUGGUGUAGAGUCUCACGAAAAAUUGAUUAUCAUUUAAAGAAAUUCAGUUUGGAGACUUCAAAUGCAAGAAAAAGUGAUCCAUAUUAGGAUUAAGUUUAUGUCAUUGUGUAGUAUUGUAAAUCUCGGGACUUUCUCUUCAGAAUAAGAAGGGGAUUGAGGAAUGUGUUUUUACCAAGAAUUACUUUAAAAAAAACAAGUUAAUUCUCACCAGUUUAGGCUUAGGAGCCAGGUUGAGAAACUUGUUAAAAUCAGAGUAUGAUGUACAUAGAUUUAAACAGUAUUUAGUUUGACAAAAGAGUAUUUUCUAAGUCAGGUAAGGAAUUACUGUACUUUAAUACCGACUUGCACUUUCAUAGAAUUCCCCGAGUGUUUUAAUUACAAAUAAUGCAAAACUUAAUUUUAACAUAUGCUGUCAUGCGUUUGGCUAAACUGCAGCAUUCCAGUUGUACGUAAAGGCUUACCAACAAGUUAAGAAUGUGUUUAAAUUAUUUAAAAAAAUUACAAUUAGCUAUGCAAAUGAUAUUUUUAUACUUCAUAUUGUUUAGCAAAUGAACAAAGAUAAAGCCGAUUGGACAAAGUAAACUGUAUCAGAUUUCCAAGAUGAUCGUGAAGAUUUCUUGUAGAAGUUAACGUGCAACAUCUGAGUCUGCAAUAAUGAGUCUUUUGCAAUGUGUUCUUGGCUAUAUUUGUGUACAUGUAGUAAUUUCUUAAAGUGUGCAAUCAAUUUUUACGCUUCGAACUUAGGAAAAGCCUAGUCAAGUUCAUCGUAAGUUCUGAUCUCGAAAGAUUGGAUCGCUAGAGUACCAAGAAACAAUUACAGAGAGUUUAUAAAGGUAGUUGUAACAUUUAUUUGCCCGUGUAGGAUCAAGAUAGUAAGAAGAAAAUGUUUGGCAGAGUCGGAGACAUUCGCAUGAAAAUUAAAAGGUUUUCAUCUCGUAAGUUAAAAAAGACAAUAAAUAGAACUGUGAAAAAGUUAUAUUUA